CUCCCUCUCUCAGUGUCUCUGUCUUUUCCCUCGCCGCGCAAACUCUGAAGUGGCGCAAGCCCCAAAUCCCCUUUUGUGAACGACGCGGAGAGGCCUCUAAUGCUCGCGCCCACCACGCGUGCGCCGCGAUGGACCUCCCAGCGUAGGGUCCUCGAGCUCCACCUCUCGGAGCUCCACAAGUGCGGCGACCUCGACCGCCUCAAGCAAAUCCAAGCGCAAGUGUACAAGUCCCACCUCCACCGCGACCCCUUCGUCGUCCCCAAACUCGUCUCCGCCUACUCCCUCUGCGGCCGCCUCCCCGGCGCGCUCUCCGCCUUCCACCAGGUCCCCAGCCCCAACACCCUCCUCUACAACACCCUCAUCCGCGCCUGCGCCCACGGCUCCCGUUCCCGCUCCCUCGCCUUCGACGCGUUCUUCGACAUGCGGCGGAGCGAGGUGUUUCCCGAUAAUUUCACGUAUCCAUUUCUCCUAAAGGCUUGUUUGGGCCCCUCCGCGCUUUCCCAGGUCGAGAUGGUACAUGCCCACGUCGUGAAGUUGGGAUUUUUAUGCGAUAUCUUCGUGCCCAACGCGCUCAUUGAUGCCUACUCGAAGAAUGGGGGUUUGGGUCUUGUGGCGGCCAAGAAGAUGUUUGAUGGAAUGCCAGAGAGAGAUACCGUGUCGUGGAAUACUGUGAUUGCUGGAUUGGUUAGAGCCGGGGACGUGAAAGAGGCACGUCAAAUGUUUGAUCGAAUGCCUGAGAGGGAUACAGUCACUUGGAAUACGCUGUUAGAUGCUCAUGCCAAAGCAGGUGAAAUGGACGAAGCGUUUGAGCUGUUCGAGAGAAUGCCUGAGAGGAAUGUGGUCUCUUGGUCCUCCGUGGUCUCCGGCUACUGCAAGAAGGGUGAUAUGGAGAUGGCCCGCCUGUUGUUCGAUAAAAUGCCGACUAAAAACUUGGUCUCUUGGACCAUAAUGAUUUCUGGGUAUGCAGAGAAAGGGCUUGCAAAGGAGGCUCUUAGUUUGUUUGAUCAAAUGGAAAAUUCUGGUUUGGAGCCUGACGUUGCUACUAUUGUGAGCAUAUUAGCUGCGUGCGCUGAGUCUGGUUUGCUCGCUCUGGGUAAAAGGAUUACUAGUUAUGUUGGUAGGAAUAAGCUAAUGCGUACUACUCAUGUAUGCAAUUCACUGAUUGAUAUGUAUGCUAAAUGUGGCUGUCUUGAUAUUGCGUGCGAUUUGUUUGAAGGAAUGGUCGAGAGGGAUUUGGUGUCUUGGAAUUCUAUGCUUCAAGGAUUUGCCAUGCAUGGUCAUGGAGAGAAAGCACUGGACAUUUUUUUUAGAAUGAAGCGAGAAGGGAUUAGACCCGAUGGUGUGACAUUCCUUGGUGUUUUAUGUGCUUGCACACAUGUGGGAUUCAUUGAAGAGGCUCGGAAAUACUUUGCUAGUAUGGAGAGGGAUUAUGGUAUUGUUCCUCAGAUAGAGCACUACGGCUGCAUGAUUGACCUUCUUGGGCGUGGAGGGCUCCUGAAAGAAGCCUUUGACCUCACCAAAAGCAUGCCUUGGGAGCCCAAUGCUAUUAUUUGGGGCUCUCUUUUAGGUGCAUGCAGAGUGCAUAACAAUGUCGAGUUUGCCGAAGAAGCAGUUAAUGAGCUCAUCAAAGUGGAGCCAUCAGAUGCUGGGAAUUAUGCAAUUUUGUCAAACAUAUAUGCUGCCGCUGGGAGGUGGGAUGGUAUGUCUAAGGCGAGGGUUCAAAUGAAGGGAACUGGCGCACAGAAACCAGCUGGGUCCAGUUGGAUUGAGCUUGGUGAUGUGGUCCAUGAGUUUACUGUGGGCGACAGAACUCACCCUGAAUCGGAUAGAAUCUUCAUGAUGCUUGAUAGGAUUGGAGAGCAUCUUAAGAAAGCUGGAUAUUUUCCUAGGGCUUAUUCAUAAGCUCAUGAGAGAAAAGUAGUUGUUGUAAACAGAUAGUAUACAAGUUGGUGAACUUUCAAAUGUGCUGCUAAGCUUCCACUGCUGUGGAGCCAUGAGAAAUGCUGCAUGGUAAUCGGAAGCAUCAUGGACUCGGGCAACAGAUUUCCACCUCGAGUCUCAGCUCGAAUACAUAUGGAAACGAUAAAAGGAAAAGCAUGACGGAAAUUGUGCUUUCCCUGCAGAUAUUAUGCCUUCAGGCUUCAGGUUAUGAAAAUUGAGCUUCUCAUUCAUGAAGAAUUCAAAAUGUGUGGCCUUUCCUCUGAACAGCAUCUGGGAAGUUAUUUCAUCUUAUAGAUGACCAAGGAGAGUGGAGAAAUUUUGAUGUGAAACAAGAUUAUGGGUGCUUGGAGUUUGUACUGCAAAAGAGGUUUGCAUUGCCAGGUGCAUGCCCCACUCUGAGGUACAACUAUAGUGGUAGAAACAUUUCGAUGUUGUUCUUUGCUAAGUCACUAUAAUGUUCUUCCUUUUGUAUCUGAGUAUUAAGAUCUCAUUCUUGCUGAUUCCUUCAGCUAUCAAUUCACUUGUUCUAGAGUUGCCGAAGUUUGUAACACACCGGGAAUAUUUUAUGUUAAUAUGCCUUUUUUUUCUACA